CCACCGCCCACCCGGUUUAUAUUGGUCCGGACCUCAAUGGGUUGAUGGAUGUUAAGCAAACAUGGCCAUCUGUCUUAAUUUACUGUUCAUGGAUUUGUGAUUCGCUGCAAAUUAUCUGCGGUCAUGGGUGCUGUCAGGGUCCCGCAAAUAUAUCUGGAGAACCAUGUGUCGAGUUUUCUACAGUACAUUCUCGACAAUAAUGCGAGCACCAUUCUCCUGAUAAUCUGCUCGAAAAGAGAUGAGUUUCUCCGACGACUGCUUGCCACUGUAUACACGCAGUCAAAUGAGUCCGCCAAUAGCCGUCAAUUGGUGACCAAAACUCUUGGCCUGCUCUCCAAGUCAUCGCGAACCCAAGUGGCCUUUUGUCCGACCCUGGAGCAUCUUCGAGCUUACCUAUCUGUACUGCAAUUCAACAACGCUGCUGAGCAAGAGACAAAUGCUCCUGAGGACCAACAGCUGUGCCGGCCGUUAAUGGCGAUUCUUGACCCGUUGGCUCUACAUCUUUCAACCUCUGAAUUUGCUGCGCAGGGACUGUCCAGAACGCUUGCCGCCGCGGUCGAGACUUCUUCGCGCGAGGCAGUGGACCUUGUAAUCUGCGAAUGCCAAGAUGUUGCACGUCCUGAAGAUAGCGGCGAGGCAUUGUGGAAUGCUCAUGUGCCGUUGCUCAACAGUUCAGUACGAACAGGGAGGGACGAAAGUACAUGGGGCGGGCAGAGCGUUCCUGUGAAGCGAAUAGCACAGCGGUGGUUUGUAUUCAGCGAUCCGAGAAUCUCGACUACAAAUAACCCGGAGGUGUAAAUAUUUCUUAUG